AUGGGUGACUACUCGAAAGCUCUAGAAUUUUAUGACAAAUCACAUCAAAUUCUAGAAAAAGCUCUGCCACCGACUCAUCCAGAUUGGGCUACUUCCUACAACAACAUCGGUCUGACGUAUAACAAGAUGGGUGUUUACUCGAAAGCGCUUGAAUUUUACGAAAAAGCACAUCAAAUUAAAGAAAAAGCUCUGCCUCCGCAUCAUCCUCAUUUGGCUAGUUCAUACAAUAACAUCGGUGGAGUCUCUAUAUCUCCCAAUCAUCCCGAUUUGGCUACUUCCUACAACAACAUCAGCUCGACGUAUCAUGGCUUGGGUAAUUACGCAGCAGCUCCUAAGGCUACUACAUAUGCUUUUCAAAUUAGACAAAAUGCAUUUCAAGAAGAUAAUCUAGCUUUUGCUUUUACAUACAACUGGGCCCUCGCAAUAUUUCAACAAAUGUUACCUGAAAGGCAUCCCAAUCUGGCUAUUAUAUACAGUAAUAUUGGUGAUAUUCAUCGAUUAAUGGGUGAUUAUGAAAGGACACUCUCGUUUCAUCGAAAAGUAUUAAAUAUUCAAGAGAAUGUUCGAUGUAAUCCUCUGGAAUGUGCAACAACAUAUACAAAUUUAGAUGAAACAUAUCGAGAAAUGAAAGAUUAUUCAACGGCAUUGACAUAUUUCGAAAAAGGAUUAGAAAUACGUUAA